AUGCAUGCAGAAUCAGUGCCAGAAGGCACAUUCAUAAGGUACAAACAAAUCGAACGGAAGCUCAGAAUGCUCGAGAUCAGAGAGGCAUAUGUGCGCAAGGAGAUAGAAACACUCAAGCGAGAGGAGCGGCACAGCAAGGACGAGCUCUGCAGAGUAAAGAGCGUACCGUUGAUCAUGGGGCAGUUCUUGGAGCCAAUUGAUGCAAACACAGCAAUAGUUGGCUCGACGGCAGGAAGUAACUUUGUCGUGAAGAUCUUGUCGACAGUCGACAGGGAACUGCUCAAGCCAAACACAACGGUUGCGCUGCACAGGCACUCAAGCGCAAUCGUGGAUGUGCUUCCACCCGAGGUCGAUAGCACGAUUCCUGUGCUGGGAGAUGACGAGAAGCCUGAUGUGACAUAUGCAGAUGUGGGGGGGCUUGAUGUGCAGAAGCAGGAAAUCAGGGAGACGGUGGAGCUUCCGCUGCUGCAGUUUGAUCUGUACAGGCAGAUAGGAAUAGAUCCGCCGCAGGGGGUGUUACUGUACGGGCCGCCGGGCACGGGAAAGACGAUGCUUGUGAAGGCGGUUGCGAACCACACGAAGGCAACGUUUAUCAGGGUCAACGGGUCUGAGUUUGUGCAGAAGUAUCUUGGCGAGGGUCCUCGAAUGGUCAGGGAUGUGUUCAGGCUUGCGCGGGAAAGGGCGCCGUCGAUAGUGUUUAUUGAUGAGGUUGAUUCGAUUGCAACGAAGAGGUUUGAUGCAUCGACGUCUGCAGACAGGGAGGUGCAGAGGGUGCUGAUUGAGCUGCUGAACCAGAUGGAUGGAUUUGACCAGUCAACAAAUGUGAAGGUGAUAAUGGCAACGAACAGGGCGGACACUAUUGAUCCGGCGCUACUGAGGCCUGGACGACUGGACAGGAAGAUUGAGUUUCCGUAUCCGGACAGGAGGCAGAAGAGGCUGGUGCUAAAUGCAAUUACGUCGAAGAUGAGCAUUGGAGAGGAUGUUGACAUUGAAAGUCUUGUGCAUCGGCCUGAAAGGAUCAGCAGUGCAGACAUCAACUCAGUGUGUCAGGAGGCAGGGAUGCUUGCGGUGCGUGGAAGCAGGUAUGUGGUGAUGCAGAAGGACUUUGAGGAGGCGUACUCGAAGGUUGUGGAGAGGGGAGAAACGCAGCCUGCUCUCUACAGCUGA